UGCGGACACGUCUUUUGUACUCCGUGCCUGCAGGAAUGUCUUAAGCCGAAAAAGCCACUUUGUGGUGUCUGCCGCAGCACCCUGUCGCCUGGUAGCAGAGCUCUGGACUUGGAAAAACAAAUUGAAACGACAGAAACCACUUGUAAUGGCUGCAAUAAAAAAAUGUAUCUCUCAAAGAUGCGUAGCCAUGCAGCUUCUUGUUCAAAGUACCAGAAUUAUAUAAUGGAAGGUGUGAAGGCAGUAACUAAGGAACCACUUCACAACACCAGGAACUUCCCAAAUCGCUUUACGUUUCCUUGUCCAUAUUGCAGCGAGAAAAACUUUGAUCAAGAAGGACUAGUUGAACACUGCAAAACAUUGCACAGCAUGGAUGCAAAACAAGUGGUUUGCCCAAUUUGUGCAUCAAUGCCAUGGGGAGAUCCAAAUUACAGGAGUGCUAACUUCAUGGAGCAUCUUCAAAGACGACACCGCUUUUCGUAUGAUACUUUUGUGGAUUAUGAUGCUGAUGAAGAUGAUAUGAUGGCACAGGUUUUGAUGCGUUCUUUGCGGGAUAAAUGAACCAACUAGAAGACUUAACUGUAAAACCAAGCUUCCAUGAAGGGGAAAUGCCCAGCAUCUUCGCACUUCUCCCUGUACAUCCCAAGAUGAACUCAGGCAUCCAGAAAUACGGAAGACUUUAAUCCCUGCCUUGGUUUCAAACUCUGGUUUGAUAUUUCUGUACCACUCAGUCCCUUGUUAACAGUCUAUGCCAUUCAACCCUGUCAGCCUAAUUUUCUUACUUGUUUCAUACUAAGCUUAAUUACAUGUGGGUCAACAUGGAGGAGACAAAUCUGCUUUCCUUUACCAAUGCCUAUUUCUUGGUUUCUUUUGCAGUUGGUUCGACUGUCCAAAACCAUUCCAAAUGGAAUGGCCUGAACUAGUUAAUAAACAUCUCUUCCCAAUCCCAUUUACAUAUCUUAAAUGGUAGUAUGAGAGGUGUAUUUGUAGCUCUCUUUUCCUUUAGUGAGACCUCUAGGUGCUAACUGUACUUGUCAGACCAGCACUCAUUUAAAGUGACCUAUGAUGCCUGUGAUUUCAUAAUGUUUCCCGGUGUUUAAAUUCUUAUAGGCAGCCUCUCACCUAUAUGGAAAACGUCUUCAGUAUGAGUCUUCAAACUACAAACUUCUUUAUAAAAUUUUUGCACCUGUAUAAACAACUAGUUCAAAAUAUUUUAGUUCGAUGCAUGAUUAUUACUUUCUCCCAUACUUUGACCAUAAGAAAAUAAAAUUUACUGUUGGUCUUAGUUAAAAUGCAUCUUUUUUUUUUUAACUGUCUUAGCAAAUAUUAAUUGUAUUUGCUGGCUUUAUGAUUAAAAUUGGUGGAUUUGAAACUGGUUUUCUAGUGAUUUUAAGCAUUAUGAUGAUAGGGGAAUUCAAACUGUUUUUUUCAAUACCUCUGCUUUCUAUUUAAAAUCAAGGUCUCAUAUAUAUUCCUAGUUUUUCCAUCUCUCAAGGCAAGCUGGUGGCAAAACUUACCAGUAAUUCAUAGCACUACCUUUCUGCAUUACAGAUUUUUAAAAGGUAUUUUGAAUUCCUGGUUUUCAUGUUGCUAAAGUAGCUGAAGCUGUACGUAGAUUGUUUUCCAUAUAAUAUUACGUGUAUAGUAUGCAGGUAUAGCUUUCAAAGAAAAAAGUAAAGUAUAACCCAGAAAGCAGGGUGGCAAUUCCAGCAGAUGGUAAAUGGAUACUCUGUGUUCAAGUCUACACUUUUACUAUAGAGAUUCCUUUUUAGUUUAAUGUUUUCAUUAACUGCACGGUCAAGAUACUGAUAUAUAAUGAUUUAAGACACCUGCCCAGAACUUGUAAAUCACACUAGUGUUGAGAUGUCUAGUCUAAUUUAAGCAUGCAUAAUUGGAGCAGUGGACCUGCACCGCCACAGAAUUGAGUACUAAUUAAUUUAUUUGCCCAGUAAACUUAGUAUCAUCACACUCUGCAGACUGCAGCAUAGCCUCACCCUUGAAACAACGAAACACACCACAGCUAGAACCUUGAUUAAGCAUUGUGCCUAGCCAGACCUCUAACAUUUACGUUGAACUUGGUUUGAGUAGGUUUUCCCCAACUUGGUAUGGGCUAUUAUAGACUCAUCCUUAAGUAUCUGCUUGGUGACUGGAAGCUCAGUCGUGGCGGGAGGGAAAUACUAAUCUCAUGGUACUGUGGGAAAAGUGCUGUGGUGUUGGUUAUUUUUAAUGCUUGAUCUGCAAAGAGAUUACAAUAUAUUAGUGGUUGGAUGGGGAUUUCUGGGUUCUGGCUAGAAUGCAGUUUGGUGAUACCCAUUGACCAGAAUCUAGAUUUCUGCUGCUGUUCUAAGUGCACUUCCACGCAAUUCUGAUAUAAUGUUUAAGGAGCAGUUAGGAGCUUCCGAGCAAUUACUUUAUCAUGUUACUGACUUUUGAAGACAAGUUACAAAUAAAGUUCAUUUAAUUUAUAAAAUCCUA